AUGGCGUCUCAACAACCCAUCACCGUUGUCUUCGGCACGGCCUCAUUUGGAAACUACGAGCCCUUCAUCUCCGAGGAGUAUCUGAACAAGGUCUUCUCAACGCUGGAGGCUCACAAGAUCAAGAACCUCGACACAGCCCAACUCUACGGCAAGUCGGAGGAGCGGCUCGGCGAAGUGAAAGCCGCGGAGAAAUUCACCAUCGACACGAAAUGGACAGGCGGCUGGACACCCGGCUGGGCGACCAAAGAGAACAUCAUCUCCUCGGCGAAAGAGAGCCUCAAGAAACUUGGGACCAAGCAAGUCGACAUCUUCUACAUCCACUGUCCAGACCCGCAGACGCCGCUGGAGGAGACCUUGGAGGGUGUCAACGAAGUCUACAAGACGGGCGCAUUCAAGCGGUUCGGGUUGUCCAACUACUCGGCCGAGGACGUACAGAAGGUCUACGACACCGCCAAAGCCCACGGCUGGGUCCUGCCCACCGUGUACCAGGGCAACUACAACCCCGUGGCGCGCAAGCAGGAGACGGUACUGUUCCCGACCCUCCGCAAGCUCGGGAUUUCUUUCUACGCAUACAGUCCUCUGGCUGGAGGGUUCUUGACCAAGACGGCCCAGCAGGUGCGUGACGGGGCGGGCCGCUUCGGCCCAGACGCCCUCGGCGGCAUGUAUCGUCAGAUGUAUGCGCGGCCCAGCCUGCUCGAUGCGCUAGAUAAGUGGGCGCAGAUCGCCGAGGAUGAAGGUGCUUCGCGGGCCGAGCUGGCUUAUCGCUGGGUCACGUUCAAUUCGCCGCUCAAGCCCGAGCAUGGCGACGCGAUCAUUGUCGGGGCAAGCUCGGUGGAGCAGCUCGAACAGUCGCUCACGGGAAUUGAGAAGGGCCCGCUCAGUGACAAGGCUGUCAAGGCGAUCGAUGAGAUCUGGGAGCAGAUCAAGCAUGAGGCGCCGCUGGACAACUUCGCUAAAUAA